ACUUAUUUAAAUUUUAUUUUAAAUUCUUCUAUAUUUACUUCAACCCCAUCAUUUAAUCCUGUGUCUUACAUCAGUCUUCUGUCUACAUGUCUUACAAUACCACUGCUCUUUUGCCCAACUGACCCUAAAUACUUAAAACUUUCUAUCUCUCCAAUCACGUCCUCGCCUAUUACACUGGUCUCCUCAUUUCACCUACCUUGUGUUCUCCUUUGCCAAACUCGUACUCUAUAUACACUGUCUUUCUUUUACUUAUUCUUAAACCUUUUUCUUCGAUAGCUGAUCUCCAUACCUCUAGCCUUUGAUUAAUUCCCUCCCUAUUUUCUCCUAUUAACACUAUAUCAUCAGCAAACAACAUGCACCACGGCACCUCUCCUUGUAUUUCUCUAGUGAUUUCAGUAACGUUUGUGUAAUGUUUCAUUAAAAUAUAUAAAAAGAUUUGCAAAUAUUUCUUCUACUAACAUUGAUAAAUUAUUUUUUUUAGCCAUAGUUUUUUUGUCAAAUUAAAUUUUAAAGGGGCCAAAUGAUACUUUUACCCUCCUCGUAUUUUGACCAAGAAGAUAACUGUCCCCCUAACAGCCGGUUUGGGCACCAAUAAAUACAAAGUAUUAUUAAAUGGAAAUGCUAUUUUAAAAUUUGAUUUUAAUAAUGUUAUAUAAAGAAUACAUGAAACUGUCGAACCAGUGGAAAAAUUAGGUUAUAUUGAAAAUUGCAUGAACAAUUAUUUUAUAACAAGUUGAAAAUAGUCUAUUGAUAAUAUGUUUACCGUCUGCCAUAAUUAGAAUAUGGAAUUAUAUGCAUAUAAAAGGUAGGUCACUUUAAAUGCUUGCACAUUUUUUAAAAUUAAAUAUACGUAUUAUCUUAAAAAUAACAGCUGAUAAAGCAACUUCUAAGGGAAUAUUUGGAUUUAGCUAACAAAAAUUUUUAAAAAUGAGCCCUCAUACUCCUGCAACUGAAAACUUCAUUUUUGUUGGUUAGUGUAGUUUAUUUGGUUUAUAUAGAAUAUAUGUAUUACAUUAAAUUAUAAUAUAUAUGUUUAUAUAAGGAGUAUAAUGCGAUUUCAUGGUACAUGAUUUAAAAUUAAAAUAUAAUUUGUUUUACAUCUCCAUGUUUGUUAACUAUAAAUAUUUUUUUAUCGGGCACACGCGAGGAUCCAUUAAGAAGACAGCUUAGUUAAAUACAAAAAUAAUUCUGAGAAGUAUAAAUAAUAUUGUAUUAACAAAUAUGUUUCAUAUUUGGAAGUUACAAUAAAAGCUAUAAUCUAUUAGAUUAGAGGUUUUAAAAAACACAUAAAAACAACAUUAGUGGAUUCUCGGGCAAGGCGAAUAGGAAUAAAAAAUGAAGGUUUACUUUUUGAUAUUACUCGUAACAUAUGUGGAAAUAUCUGCAGCAGCUGGGAUGUUUGACACUGAUAAGUGUACAAAAUGCCAACGCCGUGAAAGAUAUUUAAGCAAUAAUGAGUGUGAAGAAUGUGUACUGAAGGAGUGUUCUCCUACCGACAAAUGCCUAAUGUGUGAAAACAAAGCACUACCGAAGAUGGAUUGGUGUUCUAGAUGUAAAAACAAGCCAAAAUUUUACUGCGUACAAUGUAAAAAUGUGUUACAUAUAUCAAAUAAUAUGGAUGUUUGUGCACAAUGUUUAUCUCAAUAUGUCUUUGAACCCAAAAUUAUAAGAUAGAAUGAAGAAGACAUUGAAAAGUAUUAGAAAAAAAUUAUUUUUUCUAUAAAAAUAUUAAUUAUAUUUUUAAUACAUAUAAAAUAAAAUAGAUAAUUAAGUUUUUUUUUGUUAAUAAAGAAUUAAAAAACUUUUUUGUUAUACUUUCAAGAAUCUAUUAAUAUUUUUACAUUUUACGUGAAGCUGUGAUUAUAUUAUUUUUACUAUGUGUUUUUUUUUUUCACUUUUUUGCGUCUUUCUAUACAAUUUCGUAGCUUCUACUGGACUUAAAGGAUACGACAGAAUUAAAGCUGGUCAUACAUACAAUCCUAUAUUAAAUAUUCGUCGAUAUAUGCCAUAUCAGGUUUUUUUAAUAUCUAUAUUUAUUCUAAUAUUGUAA